AUGUUGACCUGGCUGUUGAUUUGCAACCUGCUGUCCCGAGCUUGGGGAGCCGCAUCGGCGUCGGUGGGCAUGACGGAUGUUGGUGGCAACAUCAGCCUCUCUGCCAGGGUCGACUUCGGCAACGACAAUUCCAAUUGUGGAGCGUCCGCAGUGUGUGACUCCCUCAAUGCUUCAUGCUUGGCCAAGGCGCCCAAGUUGCAACCGGAGCUGUGCCAAAGUCUCGGCUCCAUGUCCGUGCAGUAUGUCACGACGGCGACCGAGCAAGUGAGCAACUACUACAUGAGCAAUGACUGUUCAGGAGGCUCCGUCAGCGCAGAGAGGGUGCAGUCGGGUGAGUGCAAAGCCCGCGGUGACAGCAACGAGGAAGCUCGUCAGUACUUCCCGUUGGUCGGCGUCUGCAACGGUGAAGAGACGGGCAACUUCACCAAGUACUACAUCUCGUACACACCAAUGUUUAGCACCUCCGCGGAGUACCAUCCGACGGAUGUUUGCCUGAGCAGCGGUGAGGGAGAGUCAGACGUAUGGACCGCUCAUGAGGGAAGGUUGUUCCGAGUUACCUUCGCCAACAGUUCCUGCACGGGUGAGCCGGAGAGUGUGACAGACCUGACUAGCAGUGCAACCAUCACGCCGGCAACUUUCUGCUUGGAUUUCUCGACCGUCCACGUAGAUUGGAAUUUGGAUGGUAUCGUGGGCAAUGACGGCAGGAACGUCACCCUUCAGGUCACAACUACAUCCACCACAACCACCACAACCACCACAACCACCACAACCACAACAACCGCAACAACCACCACAAGCACAACCACAACUUCAGGAGCUUCAGAAAAUCAGUCAGCGACCGCGGGCAAUGAGACAUCAACUUCCACAAUGGGUGGAGUGGUGGCAGGUGCUCCCAUGGUAUCCCACUAUGGUGCAUCUGUUUGUGCCAUCAUCGCCAUCUCCAUUUCUUCCUAG